AUGGCAAGACUCCCUCACUCCAGACACAGGAGCGCACUACUCAAAAUGUCCAAACUCUCAAAUAGCCUCAAAGCAUUGAUCAAUGCCCCUGCUGCCCGGCCAUCCACGGUCCCCGCGCCAGCAAACAUAACCUCGGUCUACGAGAAGAUCCAACAGACUGCGCAGUCCAAGAAGAUCUCGCAACCGUCAUGGGUCGCAUUAUCAACCGCAGCAACAAUGACCAUGAACUCGCCCGAGUCCCUGGCAGCCCUCUACGAACUCGCCAGCACGAACCCCGAGAACCAGGUUGAGACCGCCGAGCUCAUGCGCGAGGUCGGUCUGAAAUGUAUCAGUUUCAACGGCAUUCCCCGCACCAUCAACUGCCUCAACGCCUUCAGGGCCAGUCUCCCGGACUCCGUCAGCAGCCGGCUCUCCCGCACCCCCACCCGCGCGCCAAACCCGGAGAAUAUCGCAGCGAUCAGCGAGCGCGGACAUGCACUCUGGGAUUCUAUCUAUCGUCCAUUUGAGACGAAGCUGUAUAAUAAACUGGCCGAUUCGCAUCCCGACCUGCCAGUGCAUAUUAUGCAUAGCAACUAUGGCGCGCUGUUGUCUGACCCGGAGCGUUCCACCGGUGCGUCCGCUGGUCGGGUUUUGACGUCUGUUGUUGCUGUGGCAUGCUUGCGCGCUCAGUCCGGCGUGGGUCCGCAGGUUCUUUCGCACAUUUUUGGAUUGCGCAAGGCACUUGAAGAUGGAUCGUGGGUGAAUGAUGUCGAAAGUGAAGAGGGUGCGCGGUGGUUGGCUAGCGAUGAGGGUAAUACGUGGAUUUUAGACAGCGUUGAUGCCAUUGUUGAGGCUAUUAGCCAGGGAACUGGGUCGAACUUUGCUCCUGGGCGGGCGAAGUUGUAA